AUGUAUCUGGAAUUACUUCUGUUUCUCUUUCUUUUCUUUUUCUUUAAAUUCUUUUUCUCCUCCCCUAUUAAACCAUCUCGCUUCCUCACAACACACCCUCAAAAUCCAGACCCAUUAACUCUAUAUCCCUCACUUUUUUUCCCUCCUAACCCCACAUUCUGUCUCCUCUUUCUCAAUCCACCUUCCAACCUCUUUCCACAUCAGCUCCUAUCUAUGAGGAUGAAGCUGGCUGGCGCCAAUCAUGUCUUCAUUCUUUCUCGGCCACAUUUUUUAUUCCCUCCUAUUCAGUUUCAUUCUUUCUCGGCCACAUUUUUUAUUCCUCCUAUUCAGUCUUCAUUCUUUCUUUUUCAUUCCCUCCUACAAAGGCUUCAUUCUUCUCAGUCAAUUUUUUAUUCCCUCCUCAUUCUUUUCUCGGCUUUUUCCCCUCCUACAAAGGCUUCAUUCUUUUCAUUUUUUUAUUCCUCCUAUUCAGUCUUCAUUCUUUCUCGGCCGUUUUUCAUUCCCUCCCUAUUUCAUUCUUCAUUCUUUUUUAUUCCCUCCUAUUCAGUCUUCAUUCUUUCUCAGUCACAUUUUUUAUUCCCUCCUAUUCAGUCUUCAUUCUUUCUCAGUCACAUUUUUUAUUCCCUCCUAUUCAGUCUUCAUUCUUUCUCGGCCACGUUUUUCAUUCCCUCCUACAAAGGCUUCAUUCUUUCUCAGUUUUUUUUAUUCCCUCCUAUUCAGUCUUCAUUCCUUUCUCAGUCACAUUUUAUUCCCCUAUUCAGUCUUCAUUCUUUCUUUCGGCCACGUUUUUUCAUUCCCUCUCCUACAAAGUUUUCUUUCUCAGUCACAUUUUUAUUCCUCCUAUUCAGUCUUCAUUCUUUCUCAGCCACGUUUUUUCAUUUUCAUUCCUCCUUUUUUAUUCCUCCUAUUCAGUCUUCAUUCUUUCCUAUUCAGUCUUCAUUUCUUUUUUUUUUUCCUCCUAUUCAGUCUUCAUUCUUUCUCACCAUUCCCUUCUCAUUCUUUCUCAGUCACAUUUUUUAUUCCCUCCUAUUCAGUCUUCAUUCUUUCUCGGCCACGUUUUUCAUUCCCUCCUACAAAGGCUUCAUUCUUUCUCAGUCACAUUUUUUAUUCCCUCCUAUUCAGUCUUCAUUCUUUCUCGGCCACGUUUUUCAUUCCCUCCUAUUUUCUUUCUCAGUCCAUUUUUUUAUUCCUCCUAUUCAGUCUUCAUUCUUUCUCAUGCGGCAUUCCCUCCUACAAAGGCUUUUUUCUCAGUCACAUUUUUUUAUUCCUCCUAUUCAGUCUUCAUUCCUUUUCUCUUCAUUCUUUCUCAGUCACAUUUUUUUAUUCCUCCUAUUCAGUCUUCCCUUUUUCUCGGCCACGUUUUUCAUUCCCUCCUACAAAGGCUUCAUUCUUUCACAUUUUUUUAUUCCUCCUAUUCAGUCUUCAUUCUUUCUCAUUUUUUUAUUCCCUCCUAUUCAGUCUUCAUUCUUUCUCAGUCACAUUUUUUAUUCCCUCCUAUUCAGUCUUCAUUCUUUCUCGGCCACGUUUUUCAUUCCCUCCUACAAAGGCUUCAUUCUUUCUCAGUCACAUUUUUUAUUCCCUCCUAUUCAGUCUUCAUUCUUUCAUUCUUUUUCUCAGUCACAUUCAGUUUUUUUUCGGCCGUUUUUCAUUCCCUCCUACAAAGGCUUCAUUCUUUCUCAGUCACAUUUUUAUUCAGUCUUCCUUUCUCGGCCACGUUUUCAUUCCCUCCUUUCAUUCUUUCUCCCUCCUAUUCAGUCUUCAUUCUUUCUUUCCUAUUCAGUCUUCAUUCUUUCUCAGUCAUUUUUUUAUUCCUAUUCAGUCUUUUUUUCAUUCCUUUCAUUCUUUCUCAGUCAUUUUUAUUCCUCCUUUCAGUCUUCAUUCUUUUUUUCAUUCCCUUACAAAGGCUUCAUUCUUUCAGUCACAUUUUUUUCCUCCUAUUCAGUCUUCAUUUUUCUCGGCCACGUUUUUUCAUUCCCUCCUACAAAGGCUUCAUUCUUUCUCAGUCAUUUUUUAUUCCUCCUAUUCACUGAGAAUUCUUUCUCAUUCACAUUUUUUAUUCCCUCCUAUUCAGUCUUCAUUCUUUCUCAGUUUUUUAUUCCCUCCUAUUCAGUCUUCAUUUUUUUCUCGGCCACGUUUUUCAUUCCCUCCUACAAAGGCUUUCAUUCUUUUCUCAGUUCCUUCAUUCUUUCUCGGCCGUUUUUUUCAUUCCCUCCUACAAAGGCUUCAUUCUUUCUCAGUCACAUUUUUUAUUCCCUAUUCAUUUUUUAUUCCUCCUAUUCAGUCUUUUCUUUCUCAUCCUUUUUCCCUCCUACAAAGGCAUUCUUUUUUUUUUUAUUCCCUCCUUUCAGUCUUCAUUUUUUCCCAUUCCCUUAUUCUUUCUCAGUCAUUUCCCUCCUAUUCAGUCUUCAUUCUUUCUCAUACGUUUUCAUUCCCUCCUUGAAAGGCUUCAUUCUUUCUCAGUCACAUUUUUUAUUCCCUUUUCAGUCUUCCUUUCUCAGUCCCUCCUAUUCAGUCUUUAAAUUUUUUAUUCCCUCCUAUUCAUUUUUCUUUCUCGCAUUCCAUUCAUUCUUUCUCAGUCACAUUUUUAUUCCUCCUAUUCAGAUUCUUUCCCCCACGUUUUUCCCCUCCUAUUCUUUCCUCAUUUUUAAAUUUUUCAUUUCAUUCUUUCUCUUUUUUUCAUUCCCUCCUUUCAUUCUUUCUCAACCUCCUAUUCAAAAAUUGGCAUUCUUUCUCAGUCACAAUUCCCUCCUAUUCAGUCUUCAUUCUUUCUCAUUUUUUCAUUCCCUCCUACAAAGGCUUCAUUCUUUCUCAGUCACAUUUUUUAUUCCCUCCUAUUCAGUCUUCAUUCUUUCUCGGCCACGUUUUUCAUUCCCUCCUACAAAGGCUUCAUUCUUUCUCAUUUUUUUUGAUAUUCAGUCUUCUUCUUUGGAACUUCUUUCUCAGAUUUUUUUUCCCAUUCAGUCUUCAUUCUUUCUCGGCCAUUUCUUCAUUCUUUCUCGUUCCAUUUUUCAGUCCUUCCUGCUCAGUCUUCAUUCUUUCUCGCCACGUUUUUCAUUCCCCCUACUUUCUUUCAAUGAUUUUCAUUCUUUCUUAGUCACAUUUUUUGUUUCCUCCUACUUCCUCUUCAUUCUUAUUCACCAUAUUUUUCAUUUUCUCCUACUUUGUCUUUAUUUAUUGUCUUUUUCAUCAAAUUUUUUCAUAUUUUUUCUCAUUAUUAUUUCUUUCCUUUUUUUGCCAACCACAAAAUUUUAUCUAAUUCUUUUUCUGUUCCCUUAUUUUAAUCCCCACUUUCUCUAUCCUCAUUCCUUUUUUACUACAUUCUUUUUCAUUCCCCUUUCUUCUUUAUUCAUUCUUUCUUCCUUUUAUAUCAUUGUCUUUUUCUUCAAAGUUUUUCCCUUUUCCUUACUUCUGCUUAUUCUUUCUGCUCUAUGUUGA